CGCUGGUCUGCUUGACUCAGUUUAGUUUCAGUAACACUGAUGAAGGCACUGGAGCCCAAACGCUGGUCUGCUUGAUGACUUCUGGUUUUACCUGGUUAACUCGAACGGAUCAACGCAGUUUCUGACUCUUCAACCGAGGAACCACCAAGGGACCCACUGGGGAUCUAUAAAGGAUCUACUGAGAGAUCCAGCUGAGCAUCAACUCGAGGAUUAACUAUUAAUCCCAGAUUAAGGACAUAUUAAGGCUCAUUAGGGAUCAACGAAGAGGCUGAACGCACGCCCCCUGAGCUGAAGGGUCACUGUUCUCUGCUCGUGUCGAGUUCGUCACAAUCAUGGGCUGCAACAUGUGUGUGAUGCAGAAGCCAGAGGAUCAGUGCAAAGUUAUGUUCCAGGUGAAUGGGAAGGAGAUGUCCCGUCUCUCCCAGCAGCAGACUCUCGAAGUCCUGCGCAGCUCCAGGGACCCCCUGGUCAUCCAGGUCCUGAGACGCAGCCCAAGGAGCAAAGGGGGUGCGGUUGGGGGCGGGGCGCUGCAGGAUUUUAUUGACAGCGGAACCCAGACUGACAUCACCUUCGAACACAUCAUGGCUCUGAGCAAACUGAGACCCCCCUCCCCACCCCUGCCCCCUGCAAUCGAGCCAUACUCCCUGGCAGAGCUCGCUCCUCCGGAUCACGAGUAUGACGACCCCACUGACUACCUGGAUGGCAGCCGACAUGAAGUGGAUCGGACAGAUGACCUCGAGUACGAGGAGGUGGAGCUGUACAAGUCCAGCCAGCAGGACAAGCUGGGUCUGACCGUGUGCUACAGGACUGAUGAGGAGGAGGAUCUGGGGAUCUACAUCGGGGAGCGUCGGUUCCUGCCUCGCUGGAGCCAAGGACUGGAGGAUCCAGGGACGGAGAUCGCUAUACCACCAGGUGAGCCAGUGUCACAGUUUCACACGCUCACAGACACUCAGUGUGAGUGUGUGAGUAUCAAUGGGGUGGAUGUUCAGAAUCGAGAGGAAGCCGUAGCGAUCCUGGCGAGAGAAGACAGCACAAACUUCUCACUGUUACUGGCGCGACCCGAUAUAGAGAACGACACGCAGAACGACAACAGCAGAGAGCUGAAGGAACUGGACCGCCACCUGUCCACAUCCUGCCCCCUGCUGGACAACGUGUCCCCCUUGAAUGAGACAAGAGGGGGGGCGGUGGACAGCUUGAGGACGGUCCUGAGUAACAGCCAGGAGCUGGACAGCGGGGUGGGGAGGACGGACGAGAGCACAAGGUACGAGGAGUCCUCCGAGCACGACCUGCUGGGAGACGAGCAGACCAGCAACACCACGACACCGGGGAGCCAGCGCAAGUUCCACUUCGGAGCCGUAGGGGGAGGAGGAGGAGGGAGGAGUGAGACCUCCUCCCUGCACAGCAGAGACUUCCACUUCAGCACAGACUCCCUCGUGCCUCUGGACUGCGGCCCCUCUCUGGGCUACGCUGGGGAGCCCUCUCUGGCUUUCAUGAUGCCCGGACUGACAGAGGAGGAGUUUGAGCGCUACAGGGAGCUGCUGGAGAUCAAGUGCCACUUAGAGAACGGGAACCACCAGCCGUUCUCUAACCCGUACCCCUACCCGUACCCGAGGCGGGCAGAGACAGGGGUCGGGCUGUCGAAGAAGCUGGACAUGAACCGCAACGAGAGCCUGGAGCACGAGAUGGCCAUGCUGGAGGAGGAACUGCGCCACCUGGAGUUCAAAUGCAGGAAUAUCCUGCGAGCGCAGAAGAUGCAGCAGCUGAGGGAGCGGUGCAUGAAGGCGUGGCUGCUUGAGGAAGAGGCCAGCAAGGCUGGAGCGGGGCUGGGGCUCAGCGAGCCCCUCGCACAUGAGCUGUCAGACAUCACAGAGCUGCCUGAGCGCUCGGACAAGGACACCACCAGCGCCUACAACACCGGAGAGAGCUGCCGCACCACCCCCCUCGCCACCGAGCUCCCCUCCCUGCCGGGGAGUCCGCUGAGAGGCAAAGGGACCACCCUGAACCGAGCCAAGCCCAGCCGCGAGGGCAGCCCGGCCAAGUUCGGCUCGCUGUCCCGGGACAGGGAGAGCAGGGGUGGUAAGAGGCACUCUGAAUCCAGGAGGAACCCAAAAAGCAGCAGUAGCCGGGAGCAGAACACCUCGACCAGCCCCUACUUCUCCAGCAGGCGAGGGCCGGGUGGCAGGCUGCCUGAGCACUACAGGAGCUGCGUGCAGCUGGGACACCCCGGAGGGGAGGAGGAGGAGGAGGAGGACAGGUUUACAGAGAGCAGCGGAGGCCACCAGAGCCCAAUGAGCCUGGCAAGCAUGUGCCAGGACUCACUGGUGGGUGCUCAGAAAGUAGCUUCCUCCUCUCCUCGCCCUCCCCCCGAGCCCGUCCGGAUGGAGUGGAAGGUGAAGGUGCGCAGCGACGGGACGAGGUUCGUGGCCAAGCGUCCCGUGCGCGACCGGCUUCUGAAGGCGCGGGCGAUGAAGAUCAAGGAGGAGCGCAGCGGCGUGACGACGGACGACGACGCUGUCAGUGAGAUGAAGAUGGGACGCUACUGGAGCAAAGAGGAGAGGAAGCAGCACCUGGUCCGGGCUCGGGAGCAGCGCAAGAGAAGGGAGUUCAUGAUCCAGAGCCGGCUGGACUGCCUGAGGGAGCAGCACUCGCUGCAGCUGGGAGGGGAGGGAGGGGAGGGAGGAGGGAGGGCGGUGAUGAGCAUCAUCGCACUCAGCCACAGGAAGACCAUGAAGAAGAGGAACCGCAGGAUCCUGGACAACUGGAUCACCAUUCAAGAGAUGCUGGCCCACGGUUCGAGGUCCGCAGACGGGAAGAAGAUCUACAAUCCCCUGCUGUCCGUCACCACAGUGUAGUAGAGAAAACAGAAAAAUUCAGUAUAGUACAGUACAAUAUCCUACAGUACAAUUAAAUACAGUGCAAUACAGUAUA